AUGGCUGCAAAGGGCAUUGGAUGUAUUUCAGAGGCCAUGGGCGCAUUAAAGCUCGCCUCAAAGCCCUCGCAUCUCAAGACCAUCACCAGGUCCAUGGCCACGACCAUCGAAGCCUCAACGGCCAACAUCACACGCUCAGCCGAUACCCAGACCAUCCUCAACUCAUGGCAUCCCUCAUCCUCUGUCCCUGUGACAAUCCACGCCUUCCCCAGUCUUGAACCCACGUCUCUCGAGCAGUUUGCCGUCGAACACCUCUACCUCCCCAUGCGCCGCGAUAUCCUCCAUCUUGCCGUCGUCUACGAAGGCGACAAUACUCGUCUCGGUACGGCUCGGGCUCUGACACGCUCUGAGGUUCGGGGGUCGACGCGCAAGGUACGUCCCCAAAAGGGCACGGGCCGCGCUCGCCUCGGUAGCAGUAGGAGUCCCUCCCUCCGCGGUGGUGGUAAAGCCCACGGUCCCAGGCAGAGGGACUUUGGCACCAAGCUGAACCGCAAGGUCUACGACAAGGCGUGGCGCACGGCGCUGAGCUAUCGCUAUCGGAGGGGCGAGCUGAUCGUGACGGAGGAUGGCAUGGACAUGGCGUACCCCGAGGAAUUCGAGGCGACCCCGGCAGACAAGCUCAGGUUCGGCCUGAGGGAGCGCUAUCUCGCCAAGUACAUGCGCGAGGCCCUCAUGGGGCUGGGACUUGGCAAGCCGGACGGACGAACCCUUUUUGUCACCGAGGACAGGCGGACAAGGCUGUUUGAGGCGAUGGAGUACGCCGGUCCCUCCGAGGGCCGGGCUUUGGAUAUGGAAGAUGUGGACGUCAAGGAUCUUCUCGAGACGGGCAAGGUUGUCAUGGAGAGGAGUGUGCUUAAGGAGUUGAUCAAGCAGCACGAGAGUGACCUGGUGUCCAAGGUGGUCAUCAACGGCUUCACGCCUGCUGGGCCGCAAAGCGGAGUCAAGGUGCUGGGCGCUUAG